GCGUCAAGCCGCGCCGGAACUCCACUUUAUUAAAUCCCCGGUCCUACGUUGCCGAAGAGCUCUCGAAGCAGGCACCUGUCUUCACAGGCGGCACAAAGUUUGAACCACGCCCGGAUGCGAAGAACAUACUUGUCACUGGUGGGGCAGGGUUCAUGUAUGUGAGCAGCAGGGUCGACGUCUGAAGGCCACUGGCUAGGCGGCAGGUUUCACGAUUGGGAGCAGUACUGAUGCCGGGCAGAGCAUGCUGGUUCGUGCGCCAUCUUGUGCUCACCUAUCCUCACUACAACGUUGUCUCCCUGGACAAGCUCGACUACUGUGCGACACUGAACAACACGCGCAUGCUUGACGGGCGACCGAACUUUGCCUUUGAACAUGGCGACAUCACAUCCCCGAGCGACGUCAAGCGAGUGCUCCGCAAGCACAAGAUCGACACCAUUUUCCAUUUCGCGGCGCAGUCGCACGUCGACCUGAGCUUCGGCAACUCGUACCAGUUCACAAACACGAACGUAUACGGCACACAUGUCCUGCUCGAAAGAGCGAGGCAACACAGCAUCAAUCGGUUCAUACAUAUCUCCACGGAUGAGGUGUACGGAGAUGUGCCAGUGGGCGCAGCAGAUCUGAGCGAGGCAAGCAUACUUGCGCCCACGAAUCCCUACUCGGCGAGCAAAGCGGCAGCGGAGAUGAUGGUCAGCGCAUACAGAAGUAGCUUCAAGUUGCCGCUGAUCACGGUGCGCGCCAACAACGUAUACGGACCCCACCAGUUCCCAGAGAAAAUUAUACCCAAGUUCAUCAUGCUUCUACAGCGAAAGCAGAAGCUCCUUGUGCACGGCGACGGCUCACCAACACGGCGAUACCUAUACGCAGGGGACAUUGUCGAUGCACUGGACACGAUCCUCCAUAAGGGGGUGAUUGGCCAGGUCUACAACAUUGCCUCCAAGGAUGAAGUGUCGAACACGGAUAUUUGUCACAGGCUUCUGGACAUGUUCGGGAUACCACGUCAGAGCGCGGAUGAGUUGGAGGAAUGGGUGGAGCACACGCCUGACAGGCCUUUCAACGACCAGCGGUAUGCGACGGAUGGAUCCAAGCUGGCUGCAUUGGGGUGGGAACCAAAGAUGGAUUUCAACCAAGGGCUCAGGAUCACAGUAGACUGGUACCGGCGGUUUGGCGAGGUGUGGUGGGGCGACAUCAGCAGGGUGCUGACGUCGUUUCCAGUGGUGACGGGCAACGAGAUCUGGACCAUGGAGGAGCAUGACGAACUGCCGUCCUCUGACGAGGAACUGGCCUCAGCAACAGAUGGCGGUGCGACUUGGACAAAGACGGCUUGGAACCGACUUCAGGCGUCUGGAGGAACGGUGUAGGCGAUUUGAUGGCAGAGUUGACGGCGCAGAUUUCAGACUUGCAUAGACGGCCGCAUCGGCAUUGAGAUACCCAUAGAAGCGCAAUCGAGAGAUGAUUGGACGACGGGCUGCCUGGACUGUGGGUGUGUCUUGCGUGAAUGCGUUCAACAGCCAGCCAUAGCCAAUAUGCAGGGUCCAGCCAGGAACACCAGCGACGCACACUUCCUCUCCACCAGCGCCGCGGAGCAUCUAUGGAAUUCCAGGUCCUAGUAUCGUUAGAAGUGGUGGAUGUCAUGGUUGGGAGAUGCAUGCCGAGAUGUGUCUGGCAGCCCCGGAUUGUCUUGUCUGGUGCUGUGCUGUGCUGUGCACAAUGCA